CGUGUGUGCACCUAAUCUCAGCUGGUCCGCCCGAGACCCCCUGAGCGCCAACCCUAGUCCCCCGCGCGGUCCCAUUUCCGCUCCAACAAGAUGAAAGAAACGAUCAUGAACCAGGAGAAACUCGCCAAACUGCUAGCACAAGUGCGCAUUGGUGGGAAAGGAACUGCUCGCCGAAAGAAGAAGGUGGUUCAUAGAACAGCUACAGCAGAUGAUAAAAAACUUCAGUUCUCCUUAAAGAAGUUAGGGGUAAACAAUAUCUCUGGUAUUGAAGAAGUGAAUAUGUUCACAAACCAAGGAACAGUGAUCCACUUUAACAACCCCAAAGUUCAGGCAUCGCUGGCAGCGAACACUUUCACCAUUACAGGCCAUGCUGAGACAAAGCAGCUGACAGAAAUGCUACCCAGUAUCUUAAACCAACUUGGUGCAGACAGUCUGACUAGUUUAAGAAGACUGGCUGAAGCUCUGCCCAAACAAUCUGUGGAUGGAAAAGCACCACUUGCUACCGGAGAGGAUGAUGAUGAUGAAGUUCCAGAUCUUGUGGAGAAUUUUGAUGAAGCUUCCAAGAAUGAAGCAAACUGAAUUGAGUCAACUUCUGAAGAAGAUAAAACUUAAAGAAGUUACUGGGAGCUGCUAUUUUAUAUUAUGACUGCUUUUUAAAAUUUUGUUCAUGGAUCUGAUAAAAUCUAGAUCUCUAAUAUUUUUAAGCCCAAGCCCCUUGGACACUGCAGCUCUUUUCAGUUUUUGCUUAUACACAAUUCAUUCUUUGCAGCUUAUUAAGCUGAAGAAGCCUGGGAAUAAAGUUUGAAACAAGAUUAAUAAAGUUCUUUGCCUAGGAUACGGUUCUACUUUUUAUUUCAUUAACACUGAUUUGUACAUGGAAAGCAAAGUUGUUUAUAGAAAAGCUAAUCAUGGCAUGUAAUAUGGCUGGUAAUCUUUGGUGAAAUUUGAUUAAAGAUUUUAAAUGGCCGUAUAAUAUAACAA